AUGAAGGCACAGGCCAAGACAAGGAAGUUGCACGGUCAAGAGAUCGGCCAAGCUUCAACGACCGUCGUGAUGGUCGGAGAGAAGACACUCAUGCCAGCCGUGCUGGAGGGCGCGACGACCGUGGCAGAUAUGAUGAGCGUGACCGUGAUGGCCGAGACAAGGAAGUUGCACGGUCAAGAGAUCGGCCAAGCUUCAACGACCGUCGUGAUGGCCGGAGAGAAGACACUCAUGCCAGCCGUGCUGGAGGGCGCGACGACCGUGGCAGAUAUGAUGAGCCUGGCCGUGACCGAGCCGGCCACAAUGAUAGAAGCAAUUACAAUGGUAAAGGCCGCGAUGGGAAAGGGCGAGAUGGCCGGGAGCAACGUGAUGGCCGGGAUCAGCGUGAUGGCCGGGAUCAGCGUGAUGGCCGUGAUCCACGUGAUGGCCGGGAGCAGCGAGACGGCCGGGAUCAACGUGAUGGCCGGGAUCAACGUGACGGCCGGGAGCAGCGAGACGGCCGGGAUCAACGUGAUGGCCGGGAUCAACGUGAUGGCCGGGAUCAACGUGAUGGGCGUACUGGUCGCGAUGGUCGGGACUCGCAGCGGUACGAGGAUCGAGGGGGACGAGCCUACUCGGCGAGACUCGAAGACACUGAUCAAAGGCGUCCAUACGAGGAGCGAGUGCGUGUCAACAUCUCCAAUCUUCCGAACGAUAUGGAAGAGGCGGAGCUCAAGGACACCGUCUCGGCAUAUGGCAAGGUCUUGGCUUUGCGGCUUUACGACGGUCCUCGUGGAGAUCCAAAACGUGGAUGGGUCGAAUAUGGCUCCGCCCGCGAUGCUGAACAUGCGGUGUCUGAACUGGAUGAGAGGUGCAGCGCAAAUCAUGCAGAGUUUGGUGUUUGUCUGGACUUCAUUUGUGAUGAUACUGGAAGUAGCGGAGGAUGUGUCUCGCUAA